CAGCCCCGCCCCUUCCGCUUCUCAGGCCUGACCUUCCGGCCGCUGGGUCACGCGUUGAGCCGACAUUGACUCGUCCUCGCGAUUCGGUCCGACAGGUCCCCUCUCGCGACAUUAUGGUGGCCUACUGGCGACAGGCUGGACUCAGCUACAUCCGGUACUCCCAGAUCUGCGCGAAGGCCGUGCGGGACGCGCUGAAGACGGAGUUCCGCGCCAGCGCCGAGAAGACCGCCGGCAGCAGCGUCAAGAUUGUGAAAGUGAAGAAGGAGUGAUGUGUACGUUCUGACUGAUUUGGGAGGGCUGCAUCUUAAUUGUUUAAGUAC